AUGGAAACCGAGGUCCCCUUAAUCCUUGGGAUUGACCUUGGUACCUCAAGCAUUAAGGUCGCUCUUGUUACACAAGGCUCAAACCCUCGCGUUGAAACCAGUUUGUCAAGGGACACCGGACUAGUUUCAGGACCCAGUUUGAGCAAUUUCAAAAUAUUCUACCUUCCUAACGAGCACACCCAGGACGUUGGAAAGAUAUUCCAAUGCCUUCACAUUCUCCUCUCCUCGAUACCGCCUCAGUUAAUGACCCGUGUAACAGCUAUCACUGUGACCGGCCAGAUGCAUGGAGUCAUGGGAUGGCUAGGAAACAACCUUGCAAUUGUGGACAAAUCAAAAAAUGAGAAGAAAAAGCUCGAUGUAAAUGUGAGUGGAGGAGGGUGUGGAAAAUUAGUCACAUGGAUGGAUCGUCGAUGCAGUAAGGAAUUUCUUGAUUCUCUUCCAAACCCCACGAGGAGUGAAAAGCCGUCUACUGGUUUUGGCUGUGCCACAAUUCUCUGGCAUUUCAAGAAUCAACCAGACGAGUUUGCAAUGACCCCAAUAAACGUGGAACAGGAGCGGGACAUCUUCGAAAAGACGGCAGUUUUGCGCAAAACUUCCGUAGGAUCACCCACUCAGCGACCAGCGAUUACUGACAAUAUGGACACCUGCAAUUCCUUCGCAUCGCAAAGUAAAUCAAGAUCGGUUUCACAAAGCCCUUUGCCUUCCCUUCUCCGACCAAUACAGCACACCCCAUGGACUUGUAUUGGAACCGUGGCGGAUUUCCUUGUAGCCUGUCUCGCCUCCCUUCAGCGACCUGUCAUGUCUCCUCAAAUGGCCAUGUCCUGGGGCUACUUUGAUGUAGAAAACAAUUCCUGGGAUUUUCAUGCCCUCAACGCCUCGGGCUUCACACUGACACACCUGCUACCCGAAAUUGUGCCCUGCGGAACGGAGGUUGGAAAGCUUGCCUUCGAUUGGGAGGGUGUGCCUGCCGGAGCUAGCGUUUUUGUGGCACUGGGGGAUCUUCAGUGCUCCGUCUAUCCCUUUCUUGAACACCAGAGGACGUUAAACGGUAUAGGUGCCUGCAAUAUCAGUACAUCAGCCCAGAUAGCCUUCAAGUUGCCGGCCGGUUUGGAAAUUAACGGCCAAACCUCCUCGCAUUCCUCCUCCACUGAUGUGUGUAACAGAGACAGUGAGGGUGUCUUCGAGCGUCUGUUGAAAUCCAAGCGAAUUUCCGUGUGGCCAUUCUUCCAUCCCAAUGAGCGAAUUGUCGUAGCCGCGAGUCUAAAUGGUGGCAAUGUGAUCGAGAGAUUCAUCAAAAUGCUGCGUGUUUGGUGUCGACAGUUGGGCUGCCCUGCCAUCGAGACGGCACAGGAGAAAUCCGAUCAACCGAUUUGGGAUGCGAUCUGGUACAAACGGCUGAAGCUGGAUUCAGGUAGGAAAGUCUGGAUGUCGCAUAUAUACGAAAAACUCUCUCACGCAGCAAGUGGCCAAAUAGAACACAAAGAUUCACCCAUAGCGGCCAUGAUGUCAGCGUCGGAGAUUAAUGUGGAUCCACGUCUAUUUGGGGAGCGCUACUGUGAGGCUGUUGGGGUGAAGGACUACGAGCCGGUGGAGCCAGGCGCCAGCGUGACCAACAUACACCCUGACGAUGUUUUCAGUCUGCCCGCCAUCUAUGCUGCCGUCUGUCGUGGUGUUGUACGCAAUCUCGUCAGCAUGGCUCCUCCCGAGUUGCUAGUCUGGGCAAACGUUAAGCAGCUCUACUGCAUGGGUGGUGCCUUGAAACGAAAUCCACUGCUCUUGCAUCAACUCAAAUCUGAGUAUUCUCUUGCCAAUGUGACCUGCGUGUCCGAGGACAACGUCGUUGAGGCCUGUGUUGGAGCCGCUCUCUUUACAGCCACUAUUGUUUGA